AUGCAGCUCGUAGAACUGGCGGGCGAGGUCGUAGCGCUCUUUGCUUCUGCUGCAGUGGGAUUCCCGUAUUUGCUCAGCUUGGAGCACACUUUCAGGCUUCAGCGCCCGAGUGGUGUCCCCAACCUUCAAUGGCAUCUCUGGACAGGGUGUUUUUUUUUACUGUCAGUAUACUUCAACUUUCACCCAAAACCCAUUCACAAUCAUCAUCACCAUUUGGUCACUGACAUGGUAAAGUUUCCAAAUGUCCUUAUGUACAGUCUCCCUCUGAUCACUCUUCUAGUAUUCGUUUGUCGAAUCUACGACCUGUAUCUUGAGAAUAUGCCCAAGGAUGCGGCCUGGAAAACAAAACUUUCCACCGUGGGUCUUUGGAUUGUCCCUUCUGUGGUGAUUGCCGCGGUUUCUACUAUCGGCGCAUGGAUGCUCAUCCACUCCCCUUUUCGACGCUCAUUAAUUCUGUACGGACUAGGCGGUCUUGGGAUUGUUGGUUCAGUUAUGUUUGCAAUUGCCUGCUUGACCCAAUUCACGCGCUCGUCAAAGGAUGUCCAAAGCUCCUCGGUCCUGCUACACCACCUGCCUUUUCUUGUCCAGCUGCUUGGGCUCAUGUGCCUGAACGUGGUCUUGGUUCUGAAUUUUGUCAAUCCAGACUGGAUCGGCGUUAUCCAGUUCGGGAUCAUGUUCUUGGCCAAUCUCGCUUUUGUGGUGAGCAGACUGAUUGUCAGAUCUCGCGGUUAUGCCCCAGUCAUCGAAGAUGAGACUGAAAUUGACGAGUUCGAAGUGUAA